GCUUUUUCCGUAUCCUCUUUCCUCGAAAGUCUAUCAGCUGUACCAAUCGAAUCUAACCUCUGUCAUAUUCCAAAUAAGUUGCGGUCACGUGACGAGAUACACUGAAGUCACGUGACGAGAUGUGAGAUAAACCGUGUUCAGCCCGUUCAGCAGACACGAUUUUCAUCACUAAGCGCUACGUAUCAUUCGCUCAACCGCUUUGCAACUGUUGGGAUCUGCUGAACGCGCCCAUUGAUUGGCUGUCGCGCGGACUUCCGCCGCGCGGCAAGCAUUACCGCGUCCUGUGUGCAGGAGUCAUUAGAAGUUCCCUAAUAGCAUAGAUGUCCAGGGGACAUCUAGAGGACAUCCUGAGGACAUUCUUCGUUCUCAGGACGUCCUCAGGAGAUCUUGUGCUGUCUGGGUUCUCUAGCGGAGAUUGUGAUGCAGGAUUCACACCGCGUCUGAUGCCCGACGACCGCUGUCAUUUUCUCGCAUACAACCGAAAAUCUCAGGCGACGCAGGUUCAAAGCUUUGGUUAACAAUCUAGUAUAGACAUCUGGUGUCUGAGUUUCUUCAUCGCCUUUGCCAGCUACACCACAGCGCAGCGAGCAGCUGGUAGUUGCAAUAUGUCUGUUAUAAACAAGAUUCAUCAUUACCAGCGAAAUAUAGAGAAAUGCGGUGACAAUUUGGAUCGAAUACUUCAUUGCAUUACAAAGUUGUACAAUCUACCAGUAACAGUACAGCACCUUCAAGAGACUGGUGUAGGAAGGACUGUGAAUAGUUUAAGAAAAUACGAUGGUGCAGUAGGUGAUGCUGCUAAAGUUCUGGUAGCAAAAUGGAAGGCAAUGGUAGUAGAUGAAUAUUCCAGUGGAGAUGAUGAAGAUGAAGUUGGCGCAACAGCUGAAAGUUGUGGCGAUAAUCAUAAUUCAUAUAAAUCAGAAGAAGCUGAAGAUAAUGUUCUCGACCAAGAACAGAAAUUGAAACAUGCACAUGAAGAAAGCAAGGAUGAUAUGUCUGCGGAACAUAGUGUAAAACAUUUGUCUAAAUCAAAAGAACAAAACCCAAAGGAUACAGAGGACAAGCACAGAAGACACGAGAAAAAUAGUCAUCUUUACAAGCAUUCACAAAAUGAGGUAAAGUCUAAGGAAUCAAGGAGUAGUAAGAGCAGUUCAAGAAAGGAUGAAACUCACAAGUCCAGAGAGCAUAAUCACAGCAAGAAUGAUAACUUAGAAAAAGCGAGUGAUAGAUUGAUGAAAAAUGAUGAGAACUCUACUGAUAAAAGAAUCUUUGACUCAAGUUCCUUGAAAAAAGAAAAUAAAAGGAGUAAAUUGUCAGAUAACAGAAAUAAUGAUGAAACUCCACAAGUAUUAAAUUCAGAAAAGAACCAUUCUUCCUCAAGAUCUUCUGAAAUUAAGAUAAAAGUAGAGGAUGAUAAGGAUAAAUCAAAUGUUAAACAGGAUAAAAGAAGCUCACAAGAGGAAUCAAGGAGCAGUUCUAGUAAGCUCAAGUCCCAAAAUUCAAGUAGUAAAACAAAAGACAACAGUGAAAGACAUAAACAUAAAAAGGAACAUGCAGACCAUAAGAAAUUAAACACAAAGAAGGAUUCCAAUCAUCACUCUAGCAAAGAAAUAUCUGAAUCAAGAAUUUCUUCUAGUAGUAAUGAUCACAUUAAGAGUCAGGACAAAGAUAAGAAACGAGAACACAAAGAGGACAGAAGUAGCCAUGGGAAGAAGAAAGAAAUAAAAAUGCGGCUAUCUCAGGAAAUGACCAGUAAUGAAGGAAUAGAUUGCAAUUCGGGUGCAAGCUUUGCAGAGGCACUAGGUAUGUGCACUAUGCCUCAGCCAUCAAGGAAACGUAAUCAUAAUUCUAAUUCUUCACGUAAGGCAACCAAAACCGAAGUAAUGUCACCUCCGAGUAAGAAAAAGAUGCUAACGGUGAAAAUCGAACCAGACUGCAACGAUGAACCAAGUCCACCAUCUCUCUUGGCGUCGAAUAUAAAGCUGGAACCACUUAAUGUAGACUUAGCAUCCACGUUACCCGAAAUCAGUCCUAAUUACAAGCCACUACCACACAUCAACCCUGUUCAGCGCAAAGAAGAAGCCAAAUUUGUCGACGACAUCAUUCUCGUCAAGAACCAAAGGACAAAAGUGUAUUCUGGUAACAAGGUCGGUUACACGAGCGUGCCGUCGUUAUGUGAAUUGAGUAUGAGAGUGUUGAUCGAAAAUAUUGAUGCUCUCGAGUUUACCGGUGGUGUGCCGUACGACAUAAUAAAGCCGGUCCUGGAACGCGCCACUCCCGACCAGUUGUUCACGUUGGAACACUACAAUCCGUAUCUCAUAGAGGACACGGGCACGCUGUGGCAGUUCCACUGUAAUCGAGAGUUUAGAAAUAAAGAAAGACAGGAAAUGGAGUCGUGGCGUGAGAUGUAUAUGCGCUGCUUGGAUGAGAGAGAGGCGAAACUGAAGACACUGACUGCUAACAUCAAGCAAUCCAUCGACAAGUCCGUUCCAGUGAGAUCUGCCAAACUCGCAUACGUAGACAAUGUCGUGAAGCCGCCACGGAAUGUGUUGAAGAAGCAGGCGAAAUAUGGUACGGCUAAUGAUACACCUGCCACAGUGUCAAGCAUAAAGAAAAAGUUAGCCAGCGGUGGUGGGGCUAAUAACGCGACAAAUAUCGUCGUACCGUCACCGGCGAUAUCACGGUUUAAAAUGUCGACAUCAAACAGCGUGAAGAAGACUAAAGCACCGCUUAUGGCGAAGGCAUUACAGUUAGUAAAGGGACGUUACAAACGGUAGUUAUACGAGUGUUGCAUGUUAUCGAUCGUAUAUUCAAUUUCAGUAAAUAAUUAGUAUAUACAUACAUACAUACAUACAUUCAUUCAUUCAUUCAUUCAUUCAUUCAUUCAUUUAUUCAUUUAUUCAUUCAUUCAUUUCAGAAUUAUAUCAAUUGUUCCAUUACGAUUUCGACGCGAUCACCAAUUCAUUUGCAUGCAUUUUGCAUAAUAUUAUUCUUUCCUCCUAUUUUAUUUUGAUCGUAUAACAAAUAUUAAUUGUGUUCAAUGAAAUCAUAUAUGACAACUUCCGAUAAUUGUGUAUAAUGAAUCGAUUGUGCAGAGAAACUUAUUGUGUCUAUUGAGAUUUCUAAAAAAAAUUUCUAGUAUUCAUGACAAAACUUCUUUUUUAGUAAGAAUAUAAAUUAUAUUGUAUGCUCAGUUCAAAAAGUUUUAAUACUAAAUUCCAUAUGUAAAAGAGCGUUUUAUAUUCGUAUAUUUUAGACUCGCGAAACCUUCUAUCAACACAUUGAAUGCCACGUUAAGGAUGCGAGUGAGAAUUUCGAAAAAACAGUUCGCAGAUUGAAAUUUUUUAGUCGUAAUCUUAUAUAAAUAGAUUGCUUAAUAUGUAUGGUCAAUUGUACUCGAUUAAACCAUAUAUGUAAUAGAUUGUUGCUAAUUGAAUAAAUAAAUAUGUCAUUCGUAAGGCAUGUCGCAUGCAAAUUUAGGUGUCACUCAAAUAUGGCAUUCAGCAUGUUAAGAAGGUUAUAAUUUAAAAUUUCUACAUAUACAUAAAUCAUUAAGCGUCCUUAAUAAGGAGCCACGCGCUGGUCAAAUUUGUGACGUCAGAAGCGAGGAAUGACAUUUAUUAAUAAAAAUUACGUGUUAUUUCUGAAAUUAUAUAAUAAAUGGUGUAAUGAGACAUAUGAAAUGAUGAAAUGAGUCUAUGCCUCAUUUCACUAUUCGUACAUUGAUUAUUUAUUAAGAAAAAGUGGUACAUUUUGGAUAAUUUUACAAAUAUGUUCAAACAAUUUCAAGUGCUCUUUCUUGCAUAUUUAUCUUUAUUAAGAAAUAACACACAACAUUCGUCAGUGUGUCGUUCCUCGCUUAUGACAUCACAAAUUCAACAUGGCCGCCGCGAAGUACAAGAAAUUUAAGUCCAUAGAUUCUCGGGUACAUGCUCUUGAAUUUUAACGAUUAGAUUUUGAUUGUACAUUUUUGGGACUGUUUUACCAACAUUGUUACGAGUCAAAUACCGAUACAGAAUAAACACAGAAAUAUAAUUCUGUGCUUUAGACGUUGCUGUGAUUUUUUCAAUGUUUUUUUAGAUGCAGUUUUAAUGCGUACACUUUGUAAAUAUUAUGUUGUGAGACAUAGUGGAUAGAUAAUUAAUCGAUCUAUUCUCACUUAGAACAUGCGAUCGAGUAUAACGUAAAAGAUUCUUAGCAUUAUAAUCGAUACUUACUAAAAAAAAACAUCUAAUUAAAGAACAAAUAUAGAGGAAAUCUCGUUUAUCUAUGUCAUUUGUUAUAAAUAAUUCAAUUAGCAUCAAAUAUGUAAAAAUAUAUCAGCUCAAGUAAAAACUUUUUUCCUCUUUAUUAACGUGUUAAAUUAGAAAAUUAUUACAUAUGUGUUUUUAUAUAAUUAUUAUAUAUAUAAUUACCAGUAAAAACGAGAUAUCCUAUAUUUGUAAAAUUCAUAAUUUAUCAGAUCAAACGACAGAAUUCUACGUUAUCUAAUGAAUAUUAUCAUCACAUGUUUUGCGCUGAAUAUAAUUGUGUAGUAUCAGGAACAUGUGUGAUAUGAAAUAAAAGUUGGGCACUGUAUUGUUUUACGUGCCAGCUGAGAAAUAUUAAAUUAUCUCAAAGCAUAAAUAAAUAUAUAUAUGUAUAUUUAUAUAAUAUAUAAAACCUAUUAUAUAUUUAAAAUAUAUUAUUAUUAUUUUUGGCAAAUAUUUAUGCGAAAUUUUAUAAUUUGGUCAAAUUACAAAUAUAUUUUAAUUAUACGUUUGCAUUAUACAAUUAUGCGUCACACUGAGUCAUUUUGCGUAAGAAAAAGAUUUUUGUUACAAACCGAAAAAAAAUAUUAAUAUAAGUAAAGCUUUGUAAAUUUGUUUCUUAACAUAUUGAGCAUCACGCUGAAUUUGAAUCUCAGCAGAGUCAAGUUUUAUAGUUGUCACACGCGAUUGUAUACAGAAUCAAAUUACUUAAUACAUUGUCAUUCGUAUGAGUUGACUUAAAUAUUUAGUAAAAUAAUUCCUAAUUGGAUAAAUGAAAUCAUUACUCGCAAAUAGGUAAUGAGGCUCUUGCAGAAAAUCAAACGUUACCUAAGUAUGGAUGAUAUGGCACUUAAGAUGAUAAUGAAGGAACAUUCAGUGCCCUGAAUUAUUUUAAAUUCUAGCAAACAACACCAAUCAACAUUGCAUGUAAAUUAUAUAAUAAAAAUAUAAGCUUUUUGUAAAGUA